AUGCUAGCUUCGGCUACUUUAUUUUUUUUUACUUCUGAUCAUAUCAACUGAACUCCGACGAUAUCAAUGGCCAACUCAACCCUCGCUUUCCUCAUCGUCCUUCUCCUCGCCGCCGCGCCGGCCUCGGAGUCAAUCUCCUACUUACAGUACCGUACACUCUUCUCCCUCUCCCACAAGCUCUUGAUUCGAGUAGCCAACCUACGCGCCGCCAGGGGCGACAUUUCUGGCGCGAACCGGGCCAGGUUCAUGGCGGCGAAGCUGGAGGGAGGAAUGGGUCUAGGGUUUCGGGGAUUCACGUGGUCAGCCGGUUGGGACUACGUGACCAGCUACGCAUGGACGGAGUUGUCCUAUUCGGACCUCUCCGCCGCCGUUUCCUCCUCCAACGAUUUGCUGAGAUGGUUAGGUGAGUUGUCUCGGGCUGAAUCGGCCGAAGAACGAGCCGCCUGGGUUGGACGAAAUUACAAAAAUGUCCUUGAGGUCUCUAGCUCGAUGCUCUCUAGGCUCCUGGAAGAGUUUCGCGAAUCGGAGAAUUGGCAGGAAACGUUGAGGGAAGUGGUGGAGGCAGUUGAAAGAGAGGUGGUGGAUGGUGGAUUAUUGAGAGAUUGUCUUGAAUUGGGCAAUAAUGACUUAAAAGGUUUGAUUCAAAUCCUCAAAGAUUUGGGUCAUCAAUAUGGUUCCAACCCAGAUUCUCCCAAUGACUUGUGAGAUUGGUCAGUCUCUGUUGAAAAAGGUUUCACAUAACUCUCUGCAUUUUCUCUUAUGUCAAGUAAAGUAGUUCAUGCUUUUGUUACACACAUAUAUAUAUGUAUAUAUACAUACCCUUUUGGGCAAUGCAAAGAUUUUCUUUCAAGGUGUUUUGUUUCUAUGUUUUGGUUUAGGCAAGUUUUGGAGGUGCAUUGAAUUGUCAAGGCUUUGGCUUUUCAUUGAUAUGACCCUAUUAUGUGGUAUUGUUGUAAUGGGUAUCUGUAAUCAAUAGGAAAUACAUGGUUUAUUAUUGUGUGCA